AUGCCGCCGGUCAAGAAGCGAGACGACAACUGGAUCGAUGGCUUGCGAGGCGUUGCUUCCUUCGUCGUCGUAACGGGCCAUUUGCUGACGGCCUUCCUGCCGGUGCUGCACUCGCCGUCGCCGGGCAGCGAUAAAGGCCCGAUGCUGUUCCAGCUACCGAUUCUGCGGCUGUGCGUGGGCGGCCGCCCCGCGGUGGCCGUGUUCUUCCUGGUGACGGGCUUCGUCAACUCGAUGGGCCCGAUGAAGCACUUCGCCAACGGCAACACGACGGUGGCGCUGCCGAACCUGGCGCGCAGCGCGUUCAUGCGGUCGGCGCGGCUGGUGCUGCCCACCAACGCCGCGGCGCUGGUGGCCUGGGUGAUCUGCCAGCUGGGCGGCUUCAACCUGGCGCGCGUGGUGGAGUCGGACUGGAUCCGCGGCGUGGCCAACCCGCCCGGGCCGACGCUGUGGGAGGCCAUCAAGGGCCUGUGCUGGAAUAUGACGCUGUUCUGGAAUAACGGCGUGGGCUCGUACGACCCCACGCACUGGGCCGUGGUGUUCUUCCUGAAGGGCUCGAUGCGGAUAUAUCUCACGCUGCUGGCGACGUCCAUGGUGAAGACGCGAUGGCGGGUGCUGAUCAUCCUCGCCCUGCACAGCUUCUGCUGGUGGACAGGCGACUGUAUGCUCCUCCCCAUGUCUUUCUCCAUCAAGGUAUCAAAACUGACGGCAUUUUUUUUUUUCUUCUCUGCAGACAUCACAGGCAUCAACAUCUACGCCGGCAUGCUGCUCGCCCAGGUCCACACCAUCUUCGGCCCGCGUGCCACCAACCUGCUGCCCAAACACCUCCCCACCGUGCUCAUCGUGCUGGGCUUCCUGGUCAGCUCGUACCCGCAGUACAACGAAGACUGGAUCCAAUGGUCGCGGUUCAUGAAGAAGACGCUCCUCCCGGUGCUCCCGCAGAGCGCCCAGGUCGAGAUCAACCGGUACUGGGUCAGCGUGGGCGUGUGCAUCCUGGCGACGGGCAUCUUCACGUCGCGCGGGGCGCGCAGCGUGCUCACGUCGCCGCUGUUCAACUUCCUGGGCCGGGUGUCGUUCGCGGUGUACCUGCUGCACGACACGCUGCUGCGCACCGUGCUGGUGUGGAUGGUGUACGGGCCCAACGUGUCACGCACCGAUCUGACCGUGGUCGACAGCAACGGCCAGCCUGUCAACCAUGUGCAGCCCGCCGGUGGCCUGGCCUUCGCCAUCGCCAUCCCCGUCUUCUACGCCAUCUUGUACGCUGUCGCCCACGUCUGGACGAAAUACGUCGACGCCUGGUGUGCCAAUGCCGUCGUGCGUCUGCGUGACGCGGCCUUUCAGCGUGACGACGGCGGCAGCGGCAGCGGGCCGAUGGAACCGCUAGUGGGGGCCAGCGUGGUGGAGAAGCAGCAGCUGAAGGAUGAGGGCCCCGUGCUGCCUCUCACGAACGGUGCUCCGGCGUCCUCGGGUUUAUGA